AUGGUCGCAACUUUCUCCCCCCAUCGAGACACUGGAGGCACACUUCAUCUCUCGUCUCACUCGCCUCUUCACCACGUCGACGCCAGCUCCGCCAUCAGACAGCUUCGACGAUCUCUAUCGCGCUCGCCUUCCAAGAGCUCAAACUUUUUCCUCAACACUCGCAGCCACUCUCCAACAAAGUCCACUGCCUACAUCUCGUCACCUCUGUCACCCUCCCGCCGAUCUUCUCACAACAAUUUUGUUCUCUUCCCCUCCACGGGACAGCAACCGUCGCCACUAGCGGCACCUCAUCCAUCCAGCAACAAGAUCACAAGGCCGGUCAUCCGACGGAGGACAUCUCCUCGCAGUCCCGCCAAGACUGUUCUUGCCGUCUCCGCGGACAGCGGCAACUCGACCUUCAUUCAGCCCCCGUCAACUGCGUCGGGCGAUGAGAAUGCUUUGACUUUGGAAGAUCUGGCAGACUCCAGCGAGAGCGCGUCGUGCGCGACCCCUUCCUUCAGCACAACACCGACUGCCCCCAUCCCCGAGCCGCUUUCAUUUGCGCAAUCUGCUCUGGCACCUCGUCCGACGCUGUCACGCAUCGAGAAGCGACGGAGCGGCACGUUCGGCUCUUUCGCGACGGUGAGUCCCUUGAAGCGAAGUGACGGCCUCAUGAAUCUCGAACAAGCAUCUCGCGGAAGUCCGUCAACCAAGCGUCGCAGCGUCCAUGCAUCAGCAAUGUCGGCGGACUUCAGCAUCUUCGACCAGCAAAGUGAAACGGCGCCAUCCAGUCCAUCAGGCUAUGGUGAUGAGGCCAAAUCAUACUUCCCAACUCCAACACAGCCUCUGAACCCUUUCGCAACCAUCCCCAAGCGCUCUUCAUCUCUUCGUCGAUCCACUCUCCAGCAGCGCCAAGUGGAGCGGCCUCUCUUUGGCCGGCCCAGAGCUGGGGGGGACGGCGAGAGCUCCAUCGUGACGCCUUUGGCUGUUCGCCCUCGACUUUGCUUUGACAGCGAUCUGUUCCAACCCGAACAAGAACCUUCUUCCAACCUCUUCUCGUCUCGCCCCGCUCCUGCCAGUCCUCUCUUUUCUCCUUACGCUUCGCAAUCAACCACCGGUUUGAGCGGCGCUACGUCCACGUUUGGGGUAACGCAGCCGCCGCGGCCUGCGGCUCACCCACUUUCGCGGACAAUCACCCAAUCUUCUUCCGGGUCGAGUGUCGAAGAUUCGCCCACCCACGAGCCCGUGCACAAGCCGGAACGUCCGCCGCGCACUAACAUGAACUUCUCUAAAUCUCUGCCAGCGGGUGCCACGAGGCCUGCGAUUGUGCGACGAGUGACGCGCGAGGAGUCGACCACGUCGAGCGACUCAUUCGCCACGCCUGAGAAUUACAAGUUGGUGAAACCUCUACCAGCUGCGUUCAUGUCGACCGGUCUCAUUUCGAAAAAGAACCGGAAUGCGGACGAGGUUCACGGUGGUGGCUUCAACAAGGCCAUGCCAGAUACUCCGUGCAAGCGACCUGUCAAUCUGUUUACAGCGAGCACAAAUUCGCCUCUGCCCGAAGGUCUCUUUGGCAAAUCUCAAUUUGGCCGAAGGUCCGAAGCGGCGCCGGCAUCUCCAUUUCACCCCACUGCGUCAUCGUCUCGUCCAAAGGCUGGUCCCUUUGCGCGUGGCAAGGGCAUCUUUGGCAACAACUUCACGCGCCCCGAGGUCUCGCGUCGCGGGAGCUUUGUCAGCGUUGACGGCGAUGACAUUAUCCAGGCUCAAUCUCCCUCUUCCCGUCUGGACAGUCAACAACCCAUGACGGACUCUGACCUUCCUCCCACUCCUACAAAGCAAGCUUUCCUUCCCUCUCGCACAUAUCCCCCCACCACCUCCCAGAUUGCCUCUCUCGAGCGUCUCUCAGAAUCACGAGGAAGCGCCACGUCUACGCCCCUGCACGAUCGAUUUUUGCAAGCCUCUACGACACCUCGAACUCCCCGCGACCAGGUCUUUCCCCCGGACCCCAGCGGUCUCUCGAUCUCUGCCCCGAAUGAUCAGCAACUCCUUCAGCCCGAUUUCAGUAGCAGUCUGAAUCUGCCCGCGACUCCGACCGGUCCUCGUGAGUCCUUGUUGUCAAGCAAACGUCCCAGUCUUCAGCUCAGUGGCUACCAAGCCCCUGAUGUCGACCCCAGCUUGACUUCGCGCGUCGCCAAGGUUGAGCUUGUCGGGACUGGAGAGUUUUCCCAAGUCUUCCGGGUCGCUCAGCCGCAUAAUGGCUCCUUCUCCUCCGUCUUCUCCCUCCAAGUCGAUGACACUCAUUCACCCAAUGAUGUGAACCAUCGGGUGUGGGCUGUGAAGAAGAGCAAGCAACCGUAUUCGGGUUUGAAGGACCGCGAGCGUCGCAUUCGUGAAGUGGACAUUCUGAAAGCCUUGGUCAACUCGGAUCAUGUUGUCAAUUUCUUCGACAGCUGGGAGGAAAAGAAUCAUCUUUACAUUCAGACCGAGUUUUGCGAGGAGGGUAGCCUGGAUGUUUUCCUGGCUCAGGCUGGUCUCAAGGCUCGCCUCGAUGAUUUCCGCAUCUGGAAAAUUCUCCUUGAGCUUUCCCUGGGUUUGAAGCACAUCCACGACAUGGGCUUCAUUCACCUUGAUUUGAAGCCGGCCAACGUCUUGGUUACUUUUGAGGGUGUUUUGAAGAUUGGUGACUUUGGCAUGGCUACUCGCUGGCCUGCUGAGACGGGCAUUGAGGCUGAGGGUGACCGCGAAUACAUCGGUCCGGAAAUCUUGAUGGGUCGCUAUGAUAAGCCUGCCGAUAUCUUCUCUCUUGGCCUCAUCAUGUUUGAGAUUGCGGGGAAUGUGGAACUUCCUGAUAACGGAGUUUCUUGGCAGAAGCUCCGCAACGGCGAUAUGAGCGAUGUUCCCAGUCUGACAUGGAGCUCCGAAACAAGCAUCUUCCGCGACGCUACUGGAAACCCUAUCACUGAGGAGCCUUCCUUUGAUGAUCUGUGUGCGUCAGACCUCGAUGACUGUGGCGGUGACUUCAUCACCCACCGCAAAUCCUCCCACGCCCCUUUCCGAGCUGCUCGGGACGGCGAACUUGUUCAUCCCCCAGUGUAUAUGUUGGAUGCCCGGCAUGAACAGGCACUGGACAAGAUUGUUCGCUGGAUGAUCUCCCCCGCCCCCGAAGACCGCCCUACGGCUGAUCAGAUCCUCAAGACUGAUGGUGUGCAAUUCGUGAAUCGCCGUCGCCGCGCCGGUGCAACCGUCUUUGAAGGGAACUGGGGCCCUGCUGAUGACAUUUUGGCCGAAGAUGCCGAAAUGAUCGAUGUGUAA